GAGGUUCCAGAAGAGGCCUCUCCCCCUGUGGUUUUUUUUUGCCACUCUUCCCUUCCUCGCCAUGGCGACCCCAGACGUGAGCGUUCAUAUGGAGGAGGUGGUGGUGGUAACGACCCCGGACAACAUGGUGGAUGGCAGCGGUGUGGAAGAGGUGAAAACGGUGCUGGUCACCACCAAUCUUUCCCAGCACAGCGAUUUAAAUGAAGAGACCUUAGAGUCAGAAAAUGCAGCUGCUGCAGCCGCUGCCGCCUUUACAGCUUCCACGCAUCUGAAAGAAGCCCUUUUAGUGAAGAUGGCCGAAGGAGACGAGUGCGUGGAAGCGGAGAUUGUUUACCCCAUCACCUGUGGAGACAGCAAAGCCAACCUGAUAUGGCGGAAGUUUGUCUGUCCCGGCAUCAAUGUGAAAUGCGUCCAGUACAACAACCACUUGAUAAGUCCCAAGGAAUUUGUGCAUUUGGCUGGCAAAUCCACCCUGAAGGACUGGAAGAGGGCGAUCCGGAUGAAUGGGAUUAUGCUAAGAAAGAUCAUGGAUUCAGGCGAGCUCGACUUCUACGAACACACCAAGGUGUGCUCCAAUACCUGUCGAAGCACCAAAAUAGAUUUGACAGGAGCCAGAGUCUCUCUGACCAGCCAGACUUCAACUGAGUACAUCCCUCUCACCCCCGCCUCUGCAGAUGUCAAUGGAUCGCCUGCCACUAUCACCAUAGAAACUUGCGAGGACUCCACCGAUUGGACCACCAGUAUCGGAGAUGAUACUUUCGCGUUCUGGCGAGGUUUGAAGGAAGCCGGCCUGCUGGAAGAAGUGAUCCAGGAGUUCCACCUGGAGCUGAUGGAGAUGAUGAAGGCCCUCCAGCAGAGGGUUCGGGACCCCCCUUUGCAGCUCAGCGAUGCCGUCUUACUCAACAAUACCGUCCAGAACUUUGGCAUGUUAGAUCUGGUGAAGAAAGUUUUGGCGAGCCACAAAUGCCAAAUGGACCGUUCCAGAGAGCAAUACACCCGAGACUUAGCAGCUUUGGAACAGCAGUGCGACGAGCACCGGAAGAGAGCGAAGGAGCUGAAGCACAAAUCGCAGCAUCUCAACAACGUCCUGAUGACCCUGACGCCGGUCUCCCUUCCGUCCCAGGCUGCGAAGCGCCCCAGGCUGACCAGGGCCACGUCGGGUCCCCCGGCCAUCACCUCUCAAAUCCUGACCCAGUCGGCGCAGAUUGCCCUGGCCCCGGGAAUGCCCAUCACUCAGCUCGCCAACCUGCCCCUCGGCAAAGUGGUCUCGACUCUCCCGGCGUCCACCCUCGGGAAGACCGUGACGCAGGUCACCUCCGCGAACUCUCCAGUCUCUCCGCUGCUGGGCGGCUACACCGUCCUGGCCUCCGCGGGGUCCGCUUUCCCUAACACCGUCGAGAUCCACCCGGACGCCUCCAACCUCACGGUCCUGAGCACGGCGGCCAUCCAAGACGGCAGCACCGUGCUGAAAGUGGUCAGCCCCAUCCAGCUGCUCACCCUCCCCGGACUGAGCACGGCCAUCCAGAACAUGACGCAGGUGGCUCCCGGAGGGAGCACCAUCGUGACCGUGCCGUCCAGUGUCGUCGAGGGCAGCCCGGCCACGGAAGAGCACACCACCAUCGAGGUGACAACGGUAGCAGACGAGCUAGAGCAGAAGUGAAACACGGGACGCGGGUCCCCUUUCCGGGGAGGGGAGCACUCUGCGCUUGCUCCCCACAGCAGUGCCUCUGCGGAGGAGGAGAGGAGGAUGCUGGGAACAGAGAGAGAGAGAGAGAGAGGCUGGCUGGUGGGAAAACAGAGAGGCUGGAAUCCCAGGAGAGAGAGAGGGAAGCUGGGGGAGCACAGCGGGAACGAUGGAGGGGAACAAAUCGCUGUUCCGCAAGAACCGUCGAAACCGAGAGACAGUGUCGUUUCCAUCCUCUCUCGUAUGAGCACUGUCCGUCCCCUAGCCGUCUCAGCCUGGAACGCAAGAGUUUGUAGGAUUGAGCAGAGCAAGCAAGAUAAGUUUCAGAGUGGGAAAAAAAUACAAUAAAAGGGAUGGCGAGACGACGAGGCAGGUGGCUGCUGCAGCUCCAGAAAUGGCAGUGGAGGCACCCCGGAGGCAUUAUAGCCUGGGCUCAGCUGUGGUUCGGGUUGCCGUGCACACGUUCCCAAGUCAUACAGGGCCAGCGGCUGGUCCCCCCCAGGCCUUGUCUCAGAGUGAAGGCGAAGAGAAGUGCUCUGGAAGGUGGCCGCGUACAGGACGGGCGCGGAAGCUCGAGAAGGGACCGUUUGGUUUGCAAAACGCGCUUUACGAGGCGACGGCGGGCGAGAGGUUUCCCCGACGGACUUCGGAUCACCGGUUUCUGAAUGCCAGUCAGUUGAUAUAUCGUGGUGUCUCCUAAUUGUGCGAAACUCGUGGCUUUACGCUUCAAGGCCCAAGCGUUCCGGUGGGGGGUGGGGGUGGGAUGGGCUGCAUGCAACGCUGCUUGGGUAGAGAAAAGCUCACACGUAUUGAGGCUUUAAAGGGCCUCUUCCUUCAUCGGCGCUGAACGUCUAACGCCCAAGCUCCUUCCGUGUCCACUCCGAUCUACCAUAGCUGGUGAGCUUUUAUCUGCUGCCAUUUGUUCGAAAAGGAGAGACUGGGUGGAAGGGUCCUUGUGUGGAAAAGGCGGCUGGCAGCUCUUGAGCGAUCCGGGACUGCUUAGCUGGCUUUGGAGGUCUUGGAGACCUCUGAUUUCAAAAAAACAAAGGGGUGCUCGAGAGAGAGUAACGUCUGAACGGUGUCUCCAGCUGCAAGCUGAUCGGAUGCUUGCAGUACGUGCUUAUCCACCAAUAGCAGUGAAACCUGUUCUCCUCAGUUAACCUAUAAAGUUGUUUUGGAAAAACA